GGCAACAGGUAGACGCUGCGUCUCCACGGAGACCGGAUAUGGCGUAACGUUAGAGUAAGAACGCUAAAGUUUUGAACCAUUUUGAGCGGCGAAAUCAGUGCUCAAGACAUCAUGAGUAAACAUGAGGACUCUUUGGAAAGGCUGGACACAGAGUUUGACCAUUUUCUACUGGACAUGAAACCGUAUGUCCUAAAACACCCCAACAAGACAGAGCGCCAGCGUUGUGCCUUAUGGAUAAAGAAGCUGUGUGACCCGGCAAUAUGUGGCUCCAGUCUGCUAAGUCGUAAGAACCGCAACAUGUAUGCCCGUUUGCUUCUCCACAUGCUCAAAAGAGGCGUCCUGGAGGGGCCUUUCACCAGCAAACCAGAGCCUGGUAGCCUCAAGACACUCCCUACCUACAUGUCCAUUUACUUUGACGAGCCACUGAAUCGUCGGCCUGUGGAGAACAGCAAUGCAAGUCUGCCUGACUGGGUGACAGGAGAGCUGGGUUCUUAUACUGAUGACAGUUUGGUUGCCGGACUGCUCAAGGACAUAACCAGUUCCACACCUAAUGCAGCACAUCACAGGAGAAGGCUGUAUGGAGAGAAGACCCCACUGCGACCCACACCCUCCAGUCCAUUCAAACAGUCACCCAGACAUGAUGCCAGAAAGGUGGAUGGGGGAGGGCUGAAGGCAGAUAUGUCUCUCGAUGACAGUGACCUGGAGGCUCGCCUCAACAGCUGGAACCUGGGGAUUGAAAACCCCAGGUAUUUGCGAGAGAAGCCCAUUCCCUUGUCUCCGAUUUUCAAGUCCAGUUUGUCUGAUGAGCAGGGGCCACAACUUGUGCAGAGCAAGGAGAUUGAGAUGAAGAUCAAAGUACUGGAGGCCAAGCACCAGGAAGAGAAACUGAAGAUGCAGCAGAGACACGAUGCAGAUGUAGAGAAAAUUCUGGACCGAAAGAACGGUGAGAUUGAAGAGAUGAAGAGCCUGUACCGGGCCAAGCAGAAGGAAUCAGAGGAGAUGAUCCAUAAGCUGGAGAGGAAAGUUCAAAGUGUGCUGCGGGAAUCCCAGGUCAUCUGUGAGAGCAAAGAGAAGCAGAUUGCUGAGCUGAAGAAGAUGUCGGAUCAGAGCGCAGACUCCCUGAAAAAUGAGUGGGAGAAGAAGCUGCAUGCUGCUGUCACAGAGAUGGAGCAGGAGAAGUUUGAAUUGCAGAAAAAACACACUGACAACAUCCAGGAACUGCUGGAGGACACCAACCUCAGGCUUGCUAAGAUGGAGGCUGAAUAUAAUGCUCGGUCACAAGCAACCGAGCAAACGGUGCGUGAGCUGGAGCUGCGGGUGAAGCAGCAGUCUGUGGAGGUGGAGAAGGGCAACAUGCUGCGUCAGAAGGUGACACAGGAGAAGGCACAGUUGGAGAUCCACGUUGCAUCCAUCAGUGCCGAACUACAGGAGGCCAACAGACGAAUUAUGGUCCUGCAGAAAGAGAAGGAGCAGCAGAGCGAGCAGUUCGAGGAGACCUUGCAGAAGUUCCAAGCCAAACACGAGACUGACAUGAGCCACUUACAUCAGGAGCAUGCUCUGUCUGCUGCUAAGGCCUCUGAGGUGAUGGAGGACUUUGAGAAAACUGUAGCUCAGCUCAAACAGCAGCUCUUGGACAGUGAACAUCACAGACAGAAACAAUUUAGGGAUCAAGAGAUAAAGUUUCAGCAGGAAAAAGACGAACUGCAGAUCAACUGUGAGAAAAAGGUUUUGGCAACCCACAGUGAGGCAGAGAGAGAGAGAGCAGAAGCUAAGAGGAAGAUAGCCAAACUGGAAGAUGCACUCAGAGAGAUGGAGAGCCAGCUGGACAGAGCUAGGGAGAGCCAAAGGCAGCAGAUCCAGCAGGCAGAUAUGGCACUGGAGCAAUUCAAGAAACAGGUGGAGCUCAGCUCUGAGAAGGCCUAUGCUGACAUGAAACUCCAGAUGGAGAAAGUAGAAGAGGACCUGAUCCGCUCCAAGUCCCUCAGGGAGAACCAGGCCAAGGAGUUCUCCCAGCAACUUGAUGCACUCAGACAAAAAUAUGAGCAGCAGAUGGCUGAGCAGCGCAUGCAGUACGAGCAGGAGAGGACGCGGCUACAGCAGCAGCACAGCGCGGAAAAGGACAGCCUGGUUCAGGAGCGCCAGCGGGAGGUGAGCAGCGUGGAGAGGCAGGCCAGGGCCGCUCUGCAACAGCACCAACAGCACACCCAGGAGUGGAGGAAGCGCGAUGCCCAGACAAUUUCAGAUUUGGAAGCCCAGCUGUCAUGUCUUCGUGAGGAACUCCAGGUGGCCCAUGUCCAGCAUAAGCAACAGCUGGCUGAGAUGGCAUUGCUCCGGGAGGAGGAAAAGCAAAAGGCAUUCCUGGACAAGGAGGCAUCGCUGGACCGGCUCCGAUCCGACAUGGAACGCAUCCACAGUGACCUUGAAAGAAGCCACCAGCAAGAGAGGGACGCUGCUCAGGAGAAGACCAACAGCAGGUUGAAGCAGAUUGAGAAGGAGUACAGUCAGAAGCUCGCCAAGUCUGCCCAGCUUAUUGCAGAGCUACAGACGUCUGUAUGUGACUCAAAGGAGGAGGCUGUUCGUCUGCAGCAGGCGAUGGAGAGGCAGCUGGAGGAGGCUAACACUCGUUGGGACAAGGAGAGGAGGACAAUAACCCACCACGCUGAUCAGGCCAAUAAGGCUCUGCAGGAAAAGGUGGAAAGUCUACAGAGGCAUCUGCAUUGCUCAGAAAAGACGCUGCUUAGCAAAGAGCUGGAGACUGAAGAGAAGGUGACUGUGGUGCGUCAGGAGUACGAGGAGAGGAUCAAAGGUUUGAUGCCGGCAGAGCUCAGACAGGAACUGGAGGACACCAUCACGUCUCUGAAAGCGCAGGUUAACUUCCUUCAGAAGAGAGCCUCUUUGCUACAGGAAGACCUGGAUGCCUGCCGCAGCAGGAGGUAACCCAGACGAACCACAGCCUGACCUUACUCUGGGAUAUGAAGGAUGAGACAACCAAUCAGAUGUGAGCAUUAAUGACUGUUAUUUUACACACCUGUCAUGCCACUGGAUCAGUCAUCUUUUAGUUUGAUGUGCUGUUGUCUUUUGUGGUUUUAACAUUUUGAAUUAUUUAUUCAUCAUCAGAUUUCAGCUUUUACUAAAAUGUUUUUAUGUUCACAGCUGUUGACCUUGAUAUUAUUGAUAUUAUCAGCGCAAUGUUAUUAUUGUCAAUGGUAUUUGAUAGACAUUUGAUAUCAGUUGUCAUGUCUAGUAAAAUGAACCAUUUUUAAUAAAAGACUGCAUCAUUUUC